GGGGAGUUAGUCUGCAAUUCUAAGCGAAGAGAAAAACAGAGCAAGAAAAGAGCAAAGCUAACAAAAAAAAAAAGAAAAAAAAAUGGCUUCCUCCAUUAUGUCAUCGGCCACUGUUGCCACACUUAACCGUUCCACUCCGACACAAGCCAGCAUAGUGGCUCCUUUCACCGGUCUCAAAUCGUCCUCCGCUUUCCCCGUCACCAAGAAGGCCAACAACGACAUUACCACUCACGCCAACAAUGGCGGAAGAGUACAAUGCAUGCAGGUGUGGCCAACAACUGGAAAGAAGAAGUUCGAGACCCUAUCCUACCUUCCACCUCUAUCCAGAGAACAAUUGGGCAAGGAAGUUGACUACCUUCUCAGGUCGGGAUGGGUUCCCUGCUUGGAAUUCGAGUUGCAGCACGGAUUUGUAUACCGUGAGAACCACAGAUCUCCAGGGUACUAUGAUGGAAGGUACUGGACCAUGUGGAAACUUCCUAUGUUUGGAUGCAAUGACUCAGCACAAGUGUUGGGCGAGCUGGACGAGGCAAUAAAGGCAUACCCCAACGCCUUCGUCCGAAUCAUUGGGUUCGACAACGUUCGUCAAGUGCAAUGCAUCAGUUUCAUUGCUUACAAGCCUCCUGGUUUCUAAGCACAAGCACCAUCCAUCCUCCAUCUUUUAUUUAUUCUUAUAAUAUAUUAUCCAGCAAAUUAAAGAGGAGGUCGACAUCGGCUACUACCUUGUUUUAAAAACAUAUAUAUUUGUAUUUAGCCCCCAAAAAAAAAAAAAAAAAAUGUCCCUUUUUUCUCCUCUUUCUUUUUUCUGUUUUUUUUUAACCAAGACAUUCUCCUUUGUUUUCUCGAAUUCCUUGUGUUCGGAAUUUCCGAUGGAGUUGGUUGAGAAUUGUUGAAUAAAAUAUAUUUGGUUUUCAUGUUAA